CGCUCUCUAAAACACUUAAAAAAAAAACCAUAAAUCCCCAUUUUCACUAAGGUUUAAGCACACCCUUCUCUAUCUGUCAAUCAAUCCAUGGCAAUUUCAAGCUUAAGCUUUGCUUGUAGACCCGGUUUUCCUCUUAGGCCAUCUCUUAUUCACCGCAUUCAAAAAGUUCGGUUCAGCUCAGUUGCAGCAAUUGAAACCCUUGAUGUUCAAGAGAAUGUUAUCAAAGGCAACAGUCGAAACUUGGGGGACUGUAAGGCGCCGGAGUGGAAGAAAUUGAGUUCCAAGGAACUUGGACUCAGUAAUUCAUUGAUUUCAAUGCCUACAAAGAAGGUCCUUAAUGGGCUUAAGAAAAAUGGAUAUGAGGUUUAUCUCGUGGGAGGUUGUGUCCGGGAUCUUAUUUUAAAGAGAAUACCAAAGGAUUUUGAUAUAAUCACAUCAGCUGAGCUUAAAGAGGUAGUAAGGGCAUUUUCACGGUGUGAAAUAGUUGGCAAAUGGUUUCCCAUAUGUCACGUGCAUGUUGGGGAUACUAUUGUGGAGGUUUCGAGUUUUAGCACCACAGGACGGAAGUUCAAGGUGGAUUUGAGAAAUGACAUCAUUUGUCCCAUUGAUUGUGAUGAGAAGGAUUAUGUUCGUUGGAAGAAUUGUUUGCAGAGGGACUUCACUAUAAAUGGGUUGAUGUUUGAUCCAUAUAAAAGAAUAGUGUACGAUUAUAUGGGAGGUCUGGAAGAUAUUAAAAAGGCUAAAGUGCGAACAGUGAUCCCAGCUGGUAUUUCUUUUCAAGAGGACUGUGCUCGCAUUCUGCGUGCAGUAAGAAUUGCUGCUCGAUUAGGAUUCCGUUUUACAAGGGAAACAGCUCACUUUGUCAAAAAUCUUUCUCACUCGUUAUUAAGACUUGACAAGCCAAGAAUCAUGAUGGAGAUGAACUAUAUGCUAGCAUAUGGUUCUGCUGAAGCUUCUUUGAGGAUAUUAUGGAAAUUUGGACUUCUUGAACUACUUCUGCCCAUCCAGGCAGCAUAUUUUGUUCGUGAUGGUUUUAAGAGACGGGAUAAGAGAUCUAACAUGCUUCUGUGUCUGUUUUCUAACUUGGAUAAACUCCUUGCACCUGAUAGGCCAUGCCACAGCAGCCUAUGGGUUGGAAUCUUAGCAUUCCAUAAAGCAUUAGCUGACCAACCAAGGGAUCCUAUGGUAGUGGCAGCAUUUUGUCUAGCUGUUCACAAUGGUGGGGAUAUUUUAGGAGGAGUAAACAUGGCAAGGAAGAUCACCAAGCCACAUGACAUCAGCUUUCAUGAGUUAACUAAACCUCAGGAUCUGGACUCUGAGAUGCUGAUUGAUGAGGUUGUGGAUUUCGCUGCAUCUGUUAAACAAGUUUUAAAUUGGAUGACCGAUGAGUAUUAUGUUUCACUGGCAAUGGCAGAGUACCCUCAAGCACCGUAUUCAGAUUUGGUAUUCUUUCCGUUGGCAGUGUAUUUAAGAGUGUGCCGGAUUUUUGAGUGCUCAAGAGAUGGCCCGGAAAAAGGUUUUCUGCCAAAGCAAGGUAGAAAGAUCGAUUACGAGAUGUUGGGUUUGGGAGGCCUGCAGGAAGUUCGGCAUACUUUUGCGAGGGUUGUUUUUGAUACUGUGUACCCGGUUAAUUAAAACACUAUGAAUAUUAUCAUAUUUUGCUCUUCUCACGGAAAAAAAUCAUUGAACUAGCUAUUGAUUUUAA